AUCGCGGUUAGACUGCGAAAUCUUGAGGGAGGUAGGUCGACAGGUCGCCGAUAACUGCCUGCCUCGAUAGGAUUCGGGUAUAAAAGCCUGGACGAACAGACAGUAAGCAUCACAUUGUAUCAUUCGAUCACAAUGAGGUUCCUAGUUGUCCUGUUGUCCCUCGCGGCCUUCGCGGCCUCCAGCAGCGUAAACAGCAACAGACACGCUGCUGACCAAAAUCUCUUGGUGAAACAACAAGAAGUCAUCCAGCUUCUGCAGAAGAUCACACAGGACAUCCCGAAUCCGCAACUCCAGGCCCUCGGCGAGAACUAUGACAUCGAAAGCAACGCCCAGCAGUACGACAACCCGAUGGUUGUUAAGUACUACGCUGGUGCCGUGAAGGCUGGCUUGGUUCAGCCUCAGGGCACAGCGUUCAGCAACUCCAACAGUCAGCUGCGCAAAGAAGUCGCUCUUCUUAACAGAAUCCUGACUGGAGCCAAGGAUUACCCGACCUUCCUGAAGACAGCUGCAUGGGCUCGCGUUCAUGUCAACGAGGCACAAUUCGUGAAGGCCUUCAUCGCCGCAGUCCUGAUGCGCGACGACACCCAAGGUAUUAUUCUUCCACCAUCCUACGAGAUCUGGCCUCAGCUUCACCUGGACGCCAGAAUCAUCCAGGAAGCCCAGGUCGCUAGCGCCCAAGGAAUCCAGAGAGGCAUCCAGAACAUCGUGAUCCCCGUCAACUACUCUGCACUGAUGUCUCCCGAAGAACAACAGCUUUCUUACUUCACCCAAGACGUAGGCCUCGCUUCCUGGUACGGUUAUCUUAACCUCGCUGGAUACAUCUCUGAAGAAGAUCAACAAGGAUCUCAGCAGCAUCAACAGCAGCAGCAGCCCCUGACAUCGCAACAAUAUCAACAACAGAUCGUCGGCAAAUACCUGAACCAAGCCGGACAGAACCAGCAAGGCAGCAUCGGUCACGGAGGCCAAUACUUGCACCUCCACCAACAACUCUUGGCUCUCUACGAACUCAACCGUCUCUCCAACGGACUCAGUCCCAUCGAUGAGAUCGACUUCACCAACGUGCAGACUCCCUACCAACCACACCUUCGUAACCUGAACGGUCUCGAAUUCCCAGGCCGCCCAGAGAACCUUCAGCUCGAUGAAGAGGAUGAGGAACUCGUCGAGGUCGUCCAGACCCUGGAACAAAGACUGAAGGAAGCCAUCGACUCCGGCCAUGUCAUCACACCUCAAGGCGUUUUCCUGUCCCUCUACCAACCACAAGGUGUCAACAUUCUCGGUGACCUGAUCGAAGGAAGCGGCAAGAGCGUCAACCCCAGGUAUUACGGAAGCCUCCAAGCAGUGGCUCGCAAACUCCUCGGCAAUGCCCCCGACGCACAAAACAUCUGGGACUACACUCCAUCGGUCCUCGAACUCGGCCAGACCGCCGUCCACGAUCCUGCUUUCUACCAACUCGCCCAGAAAAUCGUCAACUUGUGGCGCAAAUACCAGAAAUCCCUGCCAGCCUACCAAGUCAACGACCUCAUCCUUCCCGGUGUUACCAUCCAGAACGUUGAGAUCAGCCAGCUCGUCACACUCUUCACCGACUUCGUUAUCGACCUCGACGCCGUCACCGCCCAGCCAAGCCAAUCCCAGCAACAACAACAGCAGCAACAACAGCAACUUCAACAACAAGUACACGCUCAUCUGAAGAGAUUGGACCACAAACCGUACACCUACCAGAUCACCGUUCAGAGCGAACAGAGCGUUCCCAACGCAGUCGUCCGUGUCUUCCUUGGACCUAAACACGAUUACCAGGGCAAACCCAUCAGCAUCUCCCAGAACAGGCACCUCUUCGUCCAACUCGACCAAUUCAUCCACAACCUCCAACAGGGCCAGAAUCUCAUCAACAGGAACUCCCAACAGGCCCCAGGUCAAAGCUUCGACUGGCCAUCCGUUCAAACCAUCCAACAAGGUGUCAACAGCGCCAUCAGCUCCCAGGAACCGUUCUACAUCACCGAGCCACACCAAAUCUUCAGCUUGCCCGCUAGAUUGGCCCUUCCCAAAGGUCAGCCGCAAGGUUUCCCUCUGCAGCUGCUCGUCGUGAUCACAGGACCUGGCCAACUCAACGUUCCCCACGGACCAGUCAUCCCACAAGAGACUCUGACCUACCAGCCACAGCAAUACCAGAUCGUCAACGCUGAACAAUACGAACAGCUGAAACAACAACAGAACCAACUUGCCCAAUUAUCCGGCAUCCAGCAAAACGUUGAGGUUCUCCCUGAAAACUGGGAAUGGUCUCAACAGCAAAUCGAAGGCGUGAGGAACCACUAUGCCAACGUUUACACCAAAUACCACGGACAAUACCCGCACACGCAGAUCCAGAACCCAGUCGGUCAAGGACAAGACAUGACUUACACCAUCCAGGGAAUCGGCUCUCAGCUCCAGCAGCAACUGAACUUGCAGGCACAGAUCCAGGCACAGAUGCAACAGGGCCAGAUCCCAAGGAUCCAAACCGUUGGCGGACAACAGGGAGGACAAGCCGGUAGCCCACUCCAACAGAUCUACGGACAGAAAUGGACGUCGGCGCAGUCACUGAAAUGGCAACAACAAGUCUCCCAAGGACAACAAGGCAUCCAGGGCUUGCAAGGACUUCAGGGCGUCCAACAGGGCGUGCAAGGUCUGCAAGGUAUCCAAGGAGUACAAGGCGUUCAAGGAGUCCAAGGAUUGCAACAAGGAGUAUUAGGAGGAAUCCAGGGAGGACAAGGUGGACAAGGUGGACAAGGCGUCCAAGGUGUCCAAGGUGUACAGCAUGGAGUACAAGGUCUCCAAGGUGUACAGCAAGGAGUACAAGGACUGUCUGGCAGCCAACAAGGCGUACAAGGUCUUCAAGGUAGUGGUAGCGGCGUACAAGGAAUCUACGGUGCUCAGGGCGUAGGACAGAACAUGGGAGGUCUCCAAGGCCAACAGAACGUCGAAAUCCCAUACGGCAUGCAAGGUGCCCACUCCGUUUGGCAAGGAAUCCAAGGCUCCCAAAUCCAGAACCAGAUGAACCGGAUGAGCCAGAUCUCCGACGGACAACAACACGCUGGUGGCUUCCAGGGCAUCUACGCUCAACCCCAGACCGUCCAGGACCAGGCUGUCAACGACUAUUACCAGAACAAGCCCAUCAGCGAGAUCAUCGGUGGCGCCAUCUCUCUCGACGGCAAACCUCUGGGAUUCCCGCUCGACAGACCGCUGACACCUGGCGCCCUCGGCGUUGCCAACAUCUACGUGAAGGAUGUACUCAUCUACCACGAGGGACAACCCACCAACGACAUCACCCAGUAAACAUCCCUACGUUGUCGGCGCGCGUAUUUGUCAGUAGACGCGCGCCAUACUCGUAAAACAGACUUAGCGCGCAGAAAAUGUUGUAUAGUUAAUGCACCCAGAAAAACAAAAAACAUUUUAUCAAUGUAUCAUUUAUAAUGAAUAAAUUGCUUUAAAGAGCAACUGUUUAUUAUAAGAUCCGUCUCUUCUGUCUCUUUACCUCGUAUCGGGGUUUCGGGGAUUACACGGUGGGCUGUUGAUAUUAGGAAUUUUCUAAAAAUUAAUACUUGACAUCUAA